AUGUCUAGAGGUCGUACACACCUAGAUAAGCUAGCUAAGCAAAGGAUUCAAGGAGUUAGAAAAGAUGUUGCAUUCAAUAAACUUGGACAGCCAAUAGGAGAAGCAGCUAUUGCAAUGCAAAGUUAUAUUGGUGUGCUGGCUCGAGAAAAGGUUCAAAUUAGUUACAAGACUUGGAAAUAUGUUCCAAGUGAUGUUAAAGAACUGAUCUGGGAAUCAGUUAAUUUGAUGUACAAUGUUGACCUAAAGUGGAAGAAUGGUUGUUUGAAAUCAGCAAACAAUAAGUGGCGUCAAUACAAAAGUUAUCUCACUAAGACGUUCAUUUUAAGUAAGCUUGAUAAACCCGAGAAGUUGGAUGAGCCACCUAUUGGCUAUGGUAUUACAAGAGAUACUUGGAGGUCAUUUGUGAUUAGUCGCACGUCUGAAGACUUCAUGGAGCAAACCACCUUUGGUACCGCAUACUCAACACCUGAGUCUAAAACUGAGUAUACGGGGGACUGGCUUGUUGCUGCAAGUUGUUGGCAGUUAGUGAUACAUUUGGUACCCCAUGCCUUAAAGCUUUUCCCUGAUUUCCCAUUUCAUUUAAUGAUUGUGCCUCUGCGAGAUGUGCUGCUUCAGUUGGCUCUAAUCCUGAUCACAAUCCUGAUUGUUCUAGUGCUGCAAUUUGAUGACCAAUUCCUGCGAGAUGGUUACAUUCAACAAAAGAGGGAGGGUAAGCUGAUAAUUGAAGGAACCAAAGAAGAUAUACUUACCAAAGCACUUGACACUGAAGAAUAUAAUGGCCGUGUGAGGGGUAUUGGAGGUCAUAUCACUCCAACAAUAUAUUUCAAUUCUGGUAGAAGAUGGAAGCAUGCUGAUGUAAUCACUGAGCUUAAAAGGGAGCUAAUGGAGGCGAGGAAGAAAAUUUUAGAACAAGAUGCACGUAUACAAAACCUUGAAGUAAUGGUGUAUAAAAAGGGUACCAUGUGCGAUUUGAUUGAUGACAAAGGCAGUUGCUCAGUAAAGUUGCAACCCAUGAUUGAAGAUGACAUGAAGAAGGAUGAUGAUGACCUACAAAUUUUGUGUCAAGAUGAUGUUUUGCAGGUAUAA